ACUCAGUCCACGCUCCCAACUCUGCUUGCGCCAAAGUCAUACCCUCGCACAUAUAUUCACCAUGUCGAUGUUUAGAGCUAAGAAGCUCGAUCUGGGCGGAUUCAUCAACGGCAAGAUCAUCCGUGACCACACCAAGCGGAGAGUCUUCGAGGCCAACGAAGUCGAACGCCAAGCUCUUCGCUAUGUGAUUCGCAAUACCACUCUCCCCGCCCGUGCCCGUGCUCAGGCGCAAUUGCAGCUGGCCGCGAUGCACGCCUACACCCGGCCCACCCAGAUCAAGAACCGUUGUGUAGCGGGUGGUGUCGCCAGAUCCGUUAUUCGGGACUUCCGGUUGGGAAGAUACCAAUUCCGUGAACAGGCGCUGGCCGGAGAGCUUCCGGGUGUCAGAAAGGCCAGUUGGUAGACCCGACAAGCGGAGAUAUGCUUGGUGGUGUGGUCUGCGACCUCCCGGUUUAUAUGUGAUAGAAUCAUAUUGUUUGACAAGCUUCUGGGUGGGUUCGGUGCUUUCCUUGAUGGCGUUUGUUUAUUUCUUCCCUCCUGCAUCUUGAUUCCCUGUGGGGAGGGAUCUGUACUGUAUACUUAGAUGACUUUUGAUUGAGGAAAUACAAUGGGC